AUGGGGUCAACAACAGCAACAUCGGCCCCCGCAACCACAAGGCCUUUACAACAACCUCCUCAAAAGCCCGAGAAGAAGUUCACCACUGAAGAUGUGUUAGCGAGCUUUAUGAUCAAUACCGAGGCAAAAUUUGUAAACAUCAACAAUCAAUUCGCUGAAGUGAACAAUGUUUUGAGGAAUGUUCAAGCCUCCAUUCAACCAUUGAAAAACCAGGUUGGGCAACUUGCUAGGGCAAAUUCGGAGCGCCCACCAGAUAGCUUACCUAGUAACACUGAAAAUAAUCUGAGGGAGCAUUUGAAUGUCGUCACUCUCAGGAGUGGGAAACAGGUUGAAGCACGAGCCGAGGAGAGCUCAAGCACUAAACAUAAUGGGGUAGCCAUACAAGAAAACCCUAAGCCAUCUGAGAGUGAAGUUGAAGGGAUAAAGGAAAAACAAGAUGAAGGAACCCUUAAACUACUAACACCAAGGAUACCCGAGUACAAGCUGAGGAAGCUCCCUAAGAAACUUACUGAUCCCGGGAGUUUCAUUAUUCCAUGUGUGAUUGGGGAAGGCAUGCAAGAAAAAGCCUUGGCAGAUUCUGGGGCCAGCAUCAAUGUAAUGCCUUACAAGUUGUUUUUGAAAAUGGGAUUGGAAGACAUCAGGCCCACAAGGAUGACAAUACAACUCGCAGAUCGUUCUAUAAAGAAACCAUGUGGUGUUGUUGAGGAUGUGCUGGUUAGAAUAGAUAAGUUUAUUAUCCCGGUAGAUUUUGUUAUUCUUGAUGUGGAUGGUGAUGUUAAAGUACCAUUAAUCCUCGGGUGA